AUGUUACCCGCAGAAGAGAUUACCUCAUCGAUAAACGGCAAUGACGUUUUAAAAUUAAUGGCUUCUACCGAUCUGAAAGCAGCUGAACUCUCCGAGGCUGCAAGUGAAAUAUUAUCCGAACAAUCGAGAUCACCUAAGUCCGCCGUCGACGAGACUUCGUCGCUUUUAAUGAUCGAGAACGGUAACAUGGCCAAAGAGAAAUGGAAAUCAGACUGUGUAAAUAUUCGGUCAAAUGGCAGAACCGAACAAAUAAAAAGAGAACAUGCCGAGCACAGACUUAGCAUAUUGUCUAUAGUCUAUAAUCCAACUGCCCAUCCGACUUCUUAUUUAGAUACUCUGGUGAACAUGUUGAAAGGAAACGUUGGAUGCGGAAUUUUAGCUAUGGGAGACGCAUUUAAAAACGGAGGAUUAUUUUUGUCACCAGUGUUGACAUUUAUCAUUGGAAUCAUUUGUGUUUACAAUCAACACGUAUUAGUGCAGUGUUCAAAAAGUGUCAAACAAAAACUUAAAUUACAACACAAUCCACAAUUUGCCGAGACAGUAGAAUUAUCUUUUCAAACUGGACCACAGCGAUUUCAAAGUUACUCAGUUUUUUUUCGGAAUAGUGUGAAUAGUUUUAUAGUCAUCACUCAGUUGGGAUUUUGUUGUGUUUAUAUUCUUUUUGUAUCAAAAUCUAUUCAGCAGAUGUUGAGCUGGUAUAACAUAGAAUUAGACGUGCACGUCAGUAUAUUGAUAUCGAUGGUGCCAAUAAUGAUUUCAUCGCUCAUCAGAAGUUUAAAAUUCAUCGCCCGGCUGUCUGCAAUAGCAAAUGUGUGUAUGCUCGUGGGCCUGGUCGUAAUUCUGUACUAUUGUACCAUUGAUUUACCGCCACUGUCUUCAAGAUCCGCCAUUGCUCAUUGGACGACAAUACCUCUAUACUUCGGCACCAGUAUCUUUUCAUUCGAAGGAAUUAGUUUGGUCUUACCAUUAGAGCAAGAAAUGAAGAAGCCAAAACAGUUCUCUACUGCGUUCGGAGUGCUAAACGUGGGCAUGGUUAUCGUUACGAGUCUCAUAGUGCUUACCGGUUUUAUGGGGUAUUGGAGAUUCGGAGACUCGGUGCGAGGCAGCCUCACUUUAAACUUACCAGAAGAAUUUUUGUUGUCCAAAGUCGUCAUUUCGAGUAUGAUGUUCGGUAUCAUAUGCACUUAUACAUUGCAGUUCUACGUACCAGUGGAAAUCUUAUGGCCAAAAGUCGAGCAAAGAUUCGGACCUUUCAGAUCACCUUUACUGUGGGAUACGGGUUUACGUGUAGUACUGGUGCUCAUUACAUUCAUCGCUGCUGACGUGAUACCACACCUGAGCUUGUUCAUAUCGAUGAUGGGUGCCGUGGCCAGCACGUUUUUGGCGCUGAUAUUCCCGCCACUGUGCCACAUGGCCGUCACCAGUGCCGACGACGGCGGCAACGGCUACGGCUCGUUCAACUGGCGGUUGGCGAUGAACUGCGUCACGCUGGUGUUGGGCGCUCUCGGGUUCGUUACCGGUACGUACGCGAGCGUCUACGAGAUAUUUGGUGCGUUCCAGAAAGUGGCGGUCACCGGCGCCGUCACCAACACCACCGGCAACAACUACACCGCACCAGGAGUGCACUGA